AUCACUUCCCCUUAUGUAGAAGCACUUUGACAAACCCUCUCUGCACAUUUCUGGGGAAUUCACUCAGCUCUGAGCAGCACAUGGAAAUGGAAGACCAAAUGGAAAGCCAGAAGAGAAGAGGCGUGAGCAAAGAUAACCUAAUAUCCGAAGGGCCCAUUGGAUCUCUGGGGUGCAUCGGCUGGUUUUUGGUAAUUGUCUCAGGAUUCUUCGUUUUUCUGACCUUCCCGAUCACAAUCUGGUUUUGUUUUAAGAUUGUUCAAGAGUACGAGCGGGCCGUCAUCUUCAGGCUGGGUCGCAUCACAGGCCGAAAGGCAAAAGGACCAGGAAUUUUCUUCAUUUUGCCAUGCACCGAUUCCAUCGUGAAAGUGGACCUGAGAACUGUGUCAUUUGACAUCCCACCACAGGAGAUUCUGACUAAAGAUUCAGUCACCGUGUGUGUGGAUGGCGUGGUGUACUUCCGAGUUAGUGACCCCAUCGCCUCUGUGGCCAAUGUGACUAACGCUGACUUCUCCACUCGGCUGCUGGCACAAACCACCCUCAGAAAUGUUCUUGGCACCAAGAACCUUGCGGAGGUCUUGUCAGAUCGUGAGGGCAUCGCUCACAGCAUGCAGUCAAACCUGGAUGAGGCCACGGACAACUGGGGCAUCAAGGUGGAGCGUGUGGAGAUCAAAGAUGUGAAGCUGCCUACUCAGCUGCAGAGAGCCAUGGCAGCUGAAGCUGAAGCAGCUCGAGAGGCCAGGGCUAAGGUGAUUGCAGCAGAGGGUGAAAUGAACGCCUCUCGCGCCCUGAAGGAGGCCUCUCUUGUGAUCGCAGAGUCUCCGUCAGCCCUGCAGCUCCGCUACCUGCAGACUCUCAACACCAUCGCAGCAGAAAAGAACUCCACCAUCAUCUUCCCACUGCCCAUGGAUAUCGUGUCUCAUUUCAUGCGCAAGUGAGGGCACUCAUGCCAUCAUUUGCACUUUGAGGAAGGAGUUGGGCAGCGAACGCUCUAGUUUAUGCCUAUACUAGAGAAAAUAAACCUGCCAUUAUUUAGUCCAAUGUCAAGGUUCCUUGGCUUGUUUGAUACUGUUGGUCUUGAUCACAUGGGGCCUUUCCUAUGACUGAACAGAAUAUGGAAUAGCAGUGUGAAAUUGGGAGCAAGUACAAGUAGCUGAAUGUAAAUAAAACAAGAAACGAAUAUAAAGUGUCAAGAAAAUGUGUUCCAUGGUGUCAAAUAAUUUGAAAAGCUUCUCUUGUAUCUUAAAUCUGAAAAGCCCCAAAUCCUUGAAAUAGAUUUUGUUCCUUGAACAAAAUAUGUUUUUGAAAAGCCAUACUUUAGUUUUCAGGAAUAUUAUGCCCUGUUGACAUUAUUUUUGAAGUGGCAAUCAAGGAUACUUUCUUGUUGUCAUUUUCUUUAUUUUUGUUUUACAAAUAAAAUUCUUGAAAAUGUGUGUAUGUAUAUUUAAGUCACUUUACUCUGGUACUCUUAAAUAAACUAAAUCCACUGAA